GGAGCAGCCCAGAGGCCUGGAUCAUCAGCGUGGGAAUCGGGAGCCUCUCCGGAAGGGUUUAGCCGGGACUGGGAGAAGCUGGCCUUGCUCCCGACUCACCGCACGAUUAAUGAAGGACGUUUUCAUCUUCUGGCUCUUGUGCUCCCUCCUGGAGAACUCGCUGGCAGAGAGAUCUCCACUCAUUCUGCAGCCAAGAUUUUUGUCCACAAAUUUUGAAAAUAUCUUCACAUGGACAAGUGGGGAGAAGAUGCCUCCAGGCACCGUCUAUGAAGUACAGUAUAAGAGGUAUGGAGAGGCAUGGCAGAACAAGAGUGAGUGCCAGAACAUCACGCAGCGCUUCUGCGACCUCACGCACGAGACUGAAAACUACAUGGAGCGCUACCAUGCCAGAGUGAGGGCCGUCACCCCUGGUUCUCCGGCUUCCAGCUGGGCCAUGUCCCCGAGGUUCUGCCCCCGGGAAGACACCAACAUUGGGGUGCCUGAGGUGAACUGCACCCCCAGGACCCAGUCCAUAAAGUUCUCUGUGCGGGCUCCUGACACCCCUCUGAGAGAUGAAGAGAACCAGACCCUGACGGUGGUGGACAUUUUCAGCCAGUUUGGGGCUCUCGUCCAGUACGAAAUAACAGUGUUCUGCCAAAAGACGCAACAGCAGUGGACAAAGAGUGAAACCAACAGAGAAUUUGAAAUCCCUGACUUGGCUCCUGACACCGAAUACAACGGAACGAUACACAUCAGAUAUUUAGACAAAAUCAGCCAACCCUUUGUGUUUCGAGUGCGGACAGUACCUGACAAGACCUGGUUGCCGUAUUUGUUUGGGUUGGUCCUGUUUACGGCAGUAGCAAUCUUUGGAACAUUGUACUACUUGACCUACAAGUAUGUUAAACGACGCCCUGCAUGGCCACCCACAUCUUUGGAUUUCAAGAGCAUUUCUCUACAUUUCCAACCUCUCUGUCCAGAUAUGGAGCAUAUUUGGACUGUGUACAAUUUCUCCAAGUCUAUCCAGCACUGUCCAGAAAUCCAGCCAAUGCAGGUAAGCCAGCAUCUCUUGGACGCACUGGAGCCUCAGAAAUCACUCAGUUGGACAGAAACUGUUUACCAGCAACAGGCUAAGACGACAUUAUUCCAGACAACCCCCCAACCCGUAAGCCAAGCGGACGAUCUUCCUGUAGGUUAUGCUCCGCAGGUGGCCAGGAGUAACCCUCCACGCGCAUUAGGGGAUAGUCCUGCAACCUUAACGUACGGCAUGUGUGUAGAUGGCACCAGCUGCGUCAGCAAGACCACCUCGCCACCAAACCCAGUGAUGAAGCUUGAUUCUUCUCUGGGGGCCUCUAUAAGGAAUGCACCCUACAAAGUCCAGAAACCAGAGCAGUCUGAAAGAGAAUUAUGGGAAGGCAGGACGCAACGCCAGCCAGCAAUGGUGUGGGAAGAUGCUCAACUUCUGCUGCUUCAGGAAGAUGCACCAACUAUAGCCCAGCAGCUUCUGUGGGCACCAGCCACAGCAGAUGAAAGAGCAGGAAGCUACCGAAAGCAGGCAGUGCAGUUGCCACCAGCCACAUCAGAGCUCAGCCAAAGCACCAUCUUGGAAGGUGGUCCACUUUGCCCAGCCUUGCCACCACCCUCAGUUUCACCCUGUGACCGCAGCAGUCUUCUUCAGGACCACAACCUGCGGCAGUGGGCGGCCUGGGAAUCAUUCGCCUGGACUGACAACCAACAUUUGGGUGUCCAAAUGAGUGACUGCACAGCUCAAGCCUCCUUUGGUACAGGCCCUGACACUGUGGACUCUGCUCCCAACGAUGAACUCUUCACGGGCCUGUUUAGAGAUUUGGAACUGAAGUUGCAAUGGGACGAUGGGUCAGAUGAAACCCCCGCAGUGUAUUAGCAAUGCAUGGACUGUGGAAAUGUGUCCCGAAACAGAACUGAAGGGGAUGCCCUAUUAUCCCAUCUGCCUCUGUUUCCUCUGUGUGAAUCACACUUCUGUUCCUUAACAAAAAAAGAAAUAGGCAAAACCCAUACAGGGUUCAUAUGGCUGAUUCACACUUUCAGCACGCAGAAUAUGCUUGCACGAUGCUUCCCAGGCAAUCCCACUCCUCUCAAACGGGUUGUGUAGAUUCUAACAAGGAAUCCUUGCCCAUCCCCAGCACAGGGUGCCGAUCAGGAUGAGAAACUCAGGUUGGCCUGCUUGUUGUCCCUUUACUAGCUGCUUCUUCAAGGCAUCAGGUGAUGCUUUUCAAGGCAUGGUGAUAAACCUGAUUAUCUCAUAAUGUCUACCGAACAAACCACUGUUAAAAGCACAGGAGUAAAUGAGAAGCAGAGAAGUUGGCAAGCUGUCCCCAACUAUCUUACACAGCUAGGUCCUAGGAUGCCAUGGUGCCCCCAGACAAGGUGCCUCCUGCUCAGAAUAUACUGGGGAGUCCUGACAACGACUCCUUCAGCUCCUAACCCUCCAGUGUUUUCCCACUGUUUCUUCUGUCAUUUCUCUUCCUGCAGAAAAUUCGUUCAGAAAGAAGAGACAGAAUAGCUGCACAGUGGCUCCUCACUGGUAGUGUUAGGAGCAUUCCAUCUGGAAG